GAGGUGCUGGAAGGCGAGGGCGCCGAAGACAAAGCCCGAGAGCAGGGCCGACGUGCUCUCGCCCUCCAUGCCCCUACAAUGGCGGGCCGCGCCGCGCCGCGCCGCCCCGCGGCGGCAGGGAGCCCCAAGUGGCCGCCGGCGGCAGGGCAGGGCAGGGCUCCGCCAGGCAGCGCCGCCCGCUCCCGUGCCGUGCCGUCCCGUCCGCUCCGGUGAGCGGGCGCGAAGCAAAAGGGAAAAGCAGCGGCGGGAUGGCCGCUCGCAGCGGCGCCUGGCGUUUCGCGCCUCAUGGAUCAUCCAGAGGGAAGAAACCUCCAUGGAAGAGGAGAUUGCUGGCCAGCGACAAGGAUGCUUCAACCUUGCUGAUAUUCUGUAUUUCUCCAAGAAGGGGUUUGAGGCGGUUGCAGAUGACGAAGUCACCCGGCGUUUCUCCUCUGAGGAGCUGGUCUCCUGGAACCUCCUUAGCAGAACUAAUGCCAACUUUCACCAUGUCAGCUGGCAACUGGCCUUUGUGUGGAUCACUGGGAUCCUAAUCCGGUACUGUCUCCUGAUGCCUCUUCGCAUCAGCUUGUCGUCUUUCAGUAUCCUCUUCUUGGUUUCAGCAACCACGGUCGUAGGACAGUUUCCAAAUGGCAGGAUUAAAUGCUGGCUGAGCAACCAGGUUCAGAUGACAUGUGCUGCGUUAGGGGUCCGAUGUCUGAGCGGUGCUGUUCAUUUCCAUAACAGAGAAAACAGACCGCAAAAAGGAGGCAUCUGCGUAGCGAACCACACAUCUCCAUUAGAUGUUCUAAUCCUGGCUAGUGAUGGAUGCUAUUCUUUGGUUGGCCAGGCACACGGAGGGCUUCUAGGACUUAUUCAAAAAUCUUUCAUGAAAACCAGUGAUCAUGUUUUGUUUGAACGUUCAGAAAUGAAAGACCGUCACCUGGUGAGAAAAAAAAUUAGAGAACACAUUGCAGAGAAGACCAAAUUACCCAUUUUAAUUUUUCCAGAAGGUACCUGCAUAAACAAUACUUCAGUAAUGAUGUUUAAGAAGGGAAGCUUUGAGGUGGGAGGGACUAUCCAUCCAGUAGCAAUCAAGUAUGACCCUCGCUUUGGAGAUGCUUUCUGGGACAGCAUGAAACACUCCAUGACGACCUAUGCUUUUAAACUGAUGACCAGUUGGGCUGUUGUCUGCAAUGUGUGGUACCUGCCACCAAUGGUCAAAGAGGAAGAAGAAGAUGCUGUUCACUUUGCUGACAGAGUCAAGGCUGUCAUCGCUGCUCAGGGAGGAAUGUCAGUACUUCCUUGGGAUGGAGGACUGAAAAGGAAAAAAGUCAAAGAGUCUUUCAAGGAGGAGCAACAGAAAAAAUAUUGCCAGAUAGUAGUAGAGAAUGGAACAGCAGGAAAUGGAAAUGUUCAUUGAAUGGUGCUUAUUUUAGCUCAUGCUUUUUUCCAUGACUUGUUCAGAAACAGAGCUAUAUUUUAUAUAUUAAAACCCGCUUCUUUACCAGCUGUCUCCGUAAGAUAUAUUGCAUGUGAUGUGGCAGAGAAGCCAUAAACAGUGUGUUUUAAGUAAGAAUGCAUGUUUAUAAAUAGGAAAACUUAAAAUGUUUGUUUUUAUUUCUCUCCAGUGAUGAGUGAGAACCCUCUGCAAAAUUAGUAAUUUUUUUUUUUUUUUUUUUUUUUUUUUUAGAACGCCAAAUCUCUAAUCUUUGAGUUACCUUAGACGUUAAAUUCUUAACUCUUAAUAAAACAUCUCCACACUCCCAACCUAUAGCAACAAUUUGUUUUAGCAGUUUUCCUGAGCCAGAGGUGGUGUUACAUUAGAGAUGUAACCUGCUGAUGUCAGAAGAAAUUGGGCAAUUCACUAAAAUACACUUUUGGAAUUGGAAAUUGGAGAUGACGUGUUGGCUGUCACAGGGAGAGAAGCAAUUGCAGACUUCCAUCUUCAUGUUACAAGACCGGGGGUUGCAAGGUAGGAAGUGUUCAAGGGUUCUGCUGAAAAGCAGUAGAACAACUGACGUGAUAGCUUAUCCCAUGUACCUAGCUGUGUCACUGGGAUAAAUUAGUCUGAAGAAAGGACAAUAUGAUAGAAAAAAUGCACCAUAUUGUUGCAUUAUGUUUUGACUUCCGGUUUUGCUGUAUCCCUUUCUAUGUCUGUUUUUAUGCCUUGCAUGAAUUAAAGAGAACUAUGUCAUGGCGUCCAUUAUCAUGUGCUGAAAUUAUUUAUGGCUAGGUGCCUGCUUAUGUCAUCACUGGUUGUGAAAGCUGCUGAUUGCU